AUGCCUUCGAUGCUCCUGAGCACGCUAACAGAGAGCUUAUGUUUCUUUGUAGGUGCUAUUUCUGACAUGCCGGCAGUUCGUGGUUUCUCCUUGUUUGCUGGAUUAGCCGUGAUAUUCGACUUUGUCUUUCAAAAUACGAUUUUCUUAGCAAUUUUCGUCUGGGACUGGUCCCGUUUGGCUGGGGAGCCACCCGAUUCGUUUGUCUUGAAAUUCACCCCAUUUGGGCGUAUGAAGUAA